CAGCCGCGCUCCCUUGCGUGGUAGUGGCAGGAGCGGGUACAGCGAAAGGGAACCAGCCCCUCUUCCUUCCUCCUUCACCUCACUUCCCCAUAAGUCAGGGCUGUACAGUCCCACCGUGUCUGCAUCCCACCGAUGGGUCGAGCUCCAGGAAGCCCAGAGGCAGCAGGAUUUUGCUAAAUUUCUUAACCUGUUCUCCUGCUUCCGUCCGCUGGUCAAAUUCGACAGGGAUAAGACGGACUGCACUGCAGGACUGCUAAAAACCUUUCCCACGAAGGUGUUGGGUGCUGUGCAUGCACACACAAAUCCCUGUUCCUGCUGUGCAUGAAUAGGGAUGAGAUGCGAACAGAAGCUCGUCGAAAAAAUCUCCUCAUUCUGAUUUUGCAUUAUUUAAUGGAGGAAGGGUAUGUUGAUGCUGCAAAUGCUUUGGAACAAGAGACGAAAUUAAGUUUACGUGGCUUUGAAGUUUGUGACAACAUUGAUCUUGAGACAAUUUUGAUGGAAUAUGAAAGCUAUUACUUCGUAAAAUUUCAAAAGUAUCCUAAAAUUACCAAAAAGGUCCUGGACACUGCAGAAAAUAAACAACAGCUGACAACUGGAGGAAGACCACGAAGGGCAGCAAGCUCUUCUCAGAAUCUCCCAAGGCUCAAACAACGACCACUGUCAAAAACUUCACCUGGGAGCACCACAGAAUUUAAAUCAUCCACUGCCGAGAGCCCCAAACAGAAUAAUGACAGUGCAGUUACUCUGGAGCAAUCUGACUUUGGCUUAAACAUCUCAGCAAUCAACAAAAGUGGAGGAGACAGCACUCAACCAAGAAAGGGCCAAGUAAUUGACUUCCAUGGGACAAUUCAGGAUGCUGUCAAAGUGUCAUCAAAUGGAAUAGCCUGGAACAGCCUUAACUGCGAUCCAGAUCCAUCAGAACGAUUAUUGAAACCCCUUAGUGCUUUUAUUGGCAUGACUGGUGAGCUGAGAGAACUUGCAGCCGUUGUGAGCAAAGAUAUUUAUCUCCAUAAUCCAAACGUGAAGUGGGACGAUAUUAUUGGACUGGAUGCAGCUAAAAGACUAGUCAAGGAAGCAGUUGUUUAUCCCAUACGGUACCCCCAGCUGUUUACAGGCAUUCUGUCUCCUUGGAAAGGAUUAUUGCUCUAUGGGCCACCAGGUACUGGAAAAACUUUGCUUGCCAAGGCUGUUGCCACAGAAUGCAAUACAACCUUUUUCAACAUAUCAGCAUCCACCAUUGUCAGCAAAUGGAGGGGUGAUUCAGAAAAACUUGUCCGGGUGUUAUUUGAGCUUGCCCGGUACCAUGCUCCUUCCACAAUUUUCUUGGAUGAGCUGGAGUCAGUUAUGAGUCAAAGAGGCACUGCUUCUGGUGGUGAACAUGAAGGAAGUCGGCGGAUGAAAACAGAAUUACUGGUGCAGAUGGAUGGCUUGGCCCGAUCUGAUGAUCUUGUAUUUGUUUUAGCAGCUUCCAAUCUGCCAUGGGAGUUGGAUUCCGCCAUGCUGCGGCGGCUGGAGAAGAGGAUUUUGGUUGACCUCCCAAGUAAAGAGGCACGGCGGGUGAUGAUCCAGCACUGGCUGCCCUCUCUGAGCAACAGCGGAGGAGUGGAGCUGAGAACGGAUCUGGACUACAGCUUGCUGGGCCAGGAAACAGACGGGUACUCCGGCUCAGACAUAAAACUCGUGUGCAAGGAAGCAGCCAUGAGACCAGUGAGGAAAAUUUUCGAUGCUCUUGAAAAUCAUCAGCCAGGUAACAGUAACUUACCCGUCAUCCGAUUAGACACGAUCACCACAGCAGAUUUCCUGGAUGUGAUCGCCCACACCAAGCCAUCAGCGAAGAAUCUAAGCCAGAAGUACACAGCUUGGCAGAGAGAAUUUGAGUCAGUUUGAAAGGGAAAAAUCCCCAAAGGACUGAAAACUUCCAAGACUUUUGCUAUCCUAAAUGGCAUCGCCUUGCCUCCAAAGGAUGGGAUGGUGAUGGGGGAGGAAGUGCUGUUGUUUCCAGGGAAGCGAAUGCAGUGAGAAAUGUC